CGGCUGAAAUUCAGACCAAUAAGCGUCUGUGUAUGGCAGUAUCAUCUUUAUGGCGCAUUUGUGUUGUUCGUUUAGUUAAAAAUGCUUUUGUUAUUGUUUCGUGAUGUAAACAGUUUUGUUACAAAUAAGUAUCGCGGUGUUUUCGGUUAGUCACUGAUGCCAAAGUCAGCUAGCUAAACCGCAUUUCCAACCGCAGUCCUGUGUAAAUCAAAAUUAUGACUUCAGCGUCCACUAAGGUUGGUGAGAUAUUUUCUGCAGCUGGAGCUGCGUUUACAAAAUUAGGAGAGCUAACCAUGCAACUGCAUCCAGUAGCAGAUAUGAGUCCAGCAGGGGCACAAAUGAAAACAACAGUCAAGAGGAAGAUUUAUGAAGACAGUGGAGUUUUAUCUACUGAUUUUCCAAAGAAGAGUACCAAAAAGGUACCUGUUUCUAUGGCUCCCCCUGCACCACCUAAAGUCAUUGCUGUGCCAACAUCUCAGGUUGUGGUGACUGCGGGUUUACAGGGUUCAACCACACGUCCAUCUAGCAUUAAGUCAUCAAAGACAGCUGAGGUCACCCUCAGUGCACUGAAUGACUCUGAUGCAAACAGUGAUCUGGUAGAUAUAGAAGGGCUAGGUGAUGGCUCCACGUCUAAAAAGCUUAAUUUCGAUCAAGACAGUCUAAAUCUUGACUCCAGUCUCAUCAUGAAUUCCAGUGACCUGCCUCUGUUAUCACGUUGAAAUUCAAAAUUUUACAGCCGUGUAUCAUGAAUUGAAAAAUGAAAUGAAACUGAAUCCUGUCCCCUCAGUGAGGGUUCAUUUCAACCCAAGAAACUGUUGAGUUCUGAAAUGUGGAGUUUUUUUAUCUUCAGGAAGACACUUUUUUUUGUGAUCGUGAAGGAAGGGAUCACUUAUUGUACUAGAAGUUCUGAAAUCUUAUAAAUCAUGCUACAUAAGUGCUCUUUGUCUAAAAUGUGUUAAUUUGUAAAUUGUUAGAGCAGUAUUGUACCUGUUUUUAACCAUUAUUGAUGAAGAAUUUAUAUACAUAGCUUUGGGGAAAAGCUAAAUUGCUUGCAUUGCAAUAUUGGUCACCAAGGCAAAAUAUUUUUUUCAUGUACUUUUGAUAAUACCUUAGGUCAUUGUCUUGUAUAUUAUUUAAUAGCAUUUUUACACACAAAAGAUGCCAUCUCCAAUAGUGAAAAUUUUAUUAACAGGAAGUGCUUUAAUCACAUCGAUCCUUUCCAAAGUUUCAACUUCUACGUGCAUAGUUGUAGCCUUAGCCAGAGUCAUUUAUUUUUUUAGCAUUAUCUCAUCAACUUUCCAAUGUUUGCAAUGUUUUUUUUGUGUGAGGAGGGAAAAUUUACAAAGAAGUCACCUUUCAAUAUU